UACUUCUGGGGCUCAUCCGAUUAAUGCCACGGCCGGGCUGAAAGUGCCGAUAUUAUCGUAGAAGUGUGCUGUAGAGCGGCGGUAAAUCGGCGCCCGUGGUGAGCCGGCGAAUUAGUCGCUUCCUUCGUGGUACAUCAUAUCCUCGCCACCUGUAAUUGGCCCAACCCGGUAGUGCGCCAAGCAAGUUUAACCCAUGCACAACUUUUCGGACAUUUGCGCCAAGCCAAAUACUCAUUCCCAAAAGUGCUCAAGUCCAGUCACCGGCUGCGCUGAUCAAUAGAUCAAUCACGAAUUUUCAAUUAGCUCUUUCGCGCAGUAAUCAGCUGCUGGACCACCGUCGUUCGAACGAUGGGCGACCUUUACCUCUCCCAGCAACAUCUGAACGGAUUCGAUAAUUAUAAGUACAAUGCCAGAGAUACGUCACCGCUCAGCAUAUACGUCAUGCACCCGUUUUGGAAUUGGCUCGUAGAGUACUUUCCAAAAUGGGUCGCCCCGAAUCUAAUGACAUUUGCCGGCUUCCUGUUCACGGUGGCCAACUUUGUCAUACUGUCCUGGUACGACUGGGGAUUCUGGGCGAGUACCGACCUGGAGGACACAACGCCGGUCCCGAACUGGUUUUGGGCGGCGGCAGCCAUUAACAUCUUUCUGGCUUACACGCUGGACGGUAUCGAUGGCAAACAGGCGCGCCGCAUUCAGCUGUCUGGCCCGCUGGGUGAACUGUUCGACCACGGGCUAGACUCGUACUCUGCGUUCUUCAUUCCUGCCUGCCUGUACAGCAUUUUCGGUCGCGGGCCAACGUCCGUUCCGCCGAUCAGGAUGUACUACAUUAUGUGGACUAUUUUCUUCAACUUUUACCUCUCGCACUGGGAAAAGUACAACACGGGUGUGCUGUAUCUGCCGUGGGGAUACGAUCUGGGAAUGUGGGGCUCGGUGCUGAUGUAUCUCGCCACGUACAAGUUUGGCUAUCAGCUGUGGAAGGAGCCGAUGCCGUGGGGUGUUUCAGCCGGCCAACUGAUGGAGCUAUGCCUUCACGUGAGCGCCAUGUCCAAUCUGCCCAUGGUGGUGUACAAUAUGUACCGAUCGUACAAGGAUCGCACGGGAAAAAUGCGUUCCUACAAGGAAGCCAUGCGACCUCUGUUCACGUACGGUACCUUCAUGUUCGUCUGCUUGCUGUGGGUUUUUGUUUCGCCGGGUGACAUUAUGAACCGUGACCCCCGGGCCGUUUACAUUAUGACCGGAACGAUAUUCAGUAACAUCAGCUGCCGGUUGAUUGUUUCACAAAUGUCGAACACGGUUGCCGAAACAUUCAACUGGAUGACGGGCGUGCUAGGAAUGGCGGUACUGAUGAGCCUCACGAUGCCGCUCCUCGAAAGGCCACUGUUGUAUCUACUCGUAAUCGGUUCUUCGUUGGCCCACUGGCACUACGGUAGUGGUGUGGUGCAACAAAUGUGCAAACACUUCAACCGAAAAUGUUUCCUGGUGACAAAACCUAAUGAAUCCAAAGAAUAGGAGGCACUACUACGCGCUGUCUAGGAGCAACCGUCAAUAUCGUGAGGGAAUCAGGACGCCCCGUCAAUUCGUGACUAUUUGGAUGCCCUCCCUUCACUUGGAAGCAGCCUUACUUAAGCGGGGCGAUUCAUGUUUUUCGUGCAUUCGCCUUACUUUUGACACACUCGCCAGCAGUAAGUUAAGAUCAGUUGAUCAAUGACAUCGCUUCCUGGGCAACAUUUUCCUUCGUAAGACAGCGCGUGUUCUUUAAUCGUUAUUUUUGUUUUGGCCGCUUGCUUCAUUUGGUUUGAUCAAUGUGACACAGUUAUACAAUUAAUUGAUAAUAUUGCAUUAGGUGUUGUAAUUAGAUAGGAGCACAAUCUCGCUUUGAAACCUGCAAGUGGUAAACCACGGCCACUCCGAGAUUUGUUUUGAUUAAUACUUUACACCGCUACACCUCUCGAAAGUUAUUGCUUUAAUUCUGUGUAGACCGUUCUCUUGUCUGUGGGGAGUUGUUGACCGACAAAUGGAUAUUGAUUACGUUGUCAUGCUUGCGACGCCAACGAUUGAGCGCGAUUGAUUUCCAGUAUGAACAAACCAAAACGAAAACGAAACAAAUAGCAGAUGAUAAGGCGCUGUGUUAUUGGUCGGUAUUAUUGUGGUGCACGGGUUCAAGCCAACGAUGGUAAUCGGUGCUAAAUCGUCAUAUAUUUAUAUUUAUGAUUCAUUCGAUCGCAUUUUUUGUUCAGUACAUCACACGACCGAGACCGAGGCGAGGGAAUUUAUGUUAUCGAUUGCUUUAAUUGAGACGAGAAAGUGCGAGAAGGGACAAAUGAAUUUUCCAAAGAAUACAUUUACAGCAACAGUGACCUGUGUGUCCGGUUAGCUACGUCGUGAUCGAACGAUAAGUUACAUUAGUGUAUUAGGAUGAAUUCGUAUCAAUAUGCGCGCCCUUUCGUUAAGGAAUGACGAAAUUAGAAAAUAAUGAGUUCAAUUUGAUGUAACAAUAACUGUUUAAUCAGGGUUUUUUGCUGUAAUUAAAAGAACAGGAUUCACUUCGAAAACGUCACAAAUUCUAAACUAGGUUUUUGAAAACUUAGCAACGGUUACUUUACCUGAAGGCACAAGCAGAGAAGGAACGCCAUGAACUCCCACUCGAAACACGUUUAUUGUCCCUGCUUUGUACACAUGUUAACAUUUUCCAUAUGGAAAUAUCAUGACAAUAAUGUGUAGAAGAACAACAUACGGUAUCUAGCUUCCUGAUCAAUUGCCUGAUAAUUUCAUGUCCCAAGCCCCAGGACUGUGUGUUUUUAUGUUCCUUUUAGCAACUUUUAAAACGUAGUGUAACGGAACAGUUUGGUACCAAAUUCUAAAUCUUGUAUAGGCAGGGCAAGGAGACAUGUUAAGGGAUGUGCACAUUAAUAGCGGUCGGAUACCUAAGGUUGGUACACCAGAUACACCAGAAUGGCGCAGUGCGUUUUGCGUAUGGCCCCGAGAUUCUAACUUUAUUUAUAUAGUCUUUUUUGUCUAAUGUGCAUUUAUUAACUCACCUCACUCGCUAGUUCUGUGCCAUACCGUAUGGGAAACUAACAUUUCUAUUGAACUCGAUAAACUAGUGUGCACGUGCCACGUAAUCUAUUAAAAUUAUAUCAAAACGUUCGUAAAGAGCUUGAACUGUGUGGCCAGCUAACAUUCGAAGGAUCAACGGAACGAGUAAAGUGUUACUCCUGUUUCAAGUGAUGUGACGCGAGGAAAUUAAGCCAUCAAGGGGCGCGAGCGGAACGAAGGAAUUGCUGUCUGCCGUUGGUUGCCGUAAGGAUACGGGCCAAACUCAACUCACAUUUAGUGCUCGAAACGAGAAAGCAUGACAGACGCUACUACUGUCCUACCGUUACUUAUACAAGCACACGCAUAAAUAUAUAAGCCCCGGCAUAUUACUCUCUUUCUCUUUACGCCAGCAAAUGUCGAUAUCUUGCAAAUAACAGCCAUCGCAAACCCCUAACUUAUGGCACGGUCGUUUCCAACCCCAACCUUAAACCUUCCAUGACUUCCGUUCGUAGCGAUCAGUCGAUGGUAUCAUCACAAAUGUCUUGUUUUAUGUACAGUUCUGUGUUCUUUCUCACGAGAGGAAAUUAUAAUUAUUAGCACAUCCAGUGAAGAACGUGCGCCUUAGCGAACGUUUUAUUUAUCUUUCGAUUGUACCGUU